GUAAAAACAAAAAUAAAAAUAACAAAAACAAGAUUAAAAUAUGUUAUUAUAAAGUAUUGUCUAGUAAAAUAAGCAAAAUAUGAACAGAAUUAUCAUCAAGAACAUUUACAAACUGACGUCAACCUCUUUCUAAUAUUUGGCCUCGUUCAGACCGAACAUCAACGUCCGUCCUGAUCUGGUUCCUAGAGUCCAGGUGUGAACACUGAUCUGGUGUCAGUCCACAUGUGGAGGUGGUCUGGGACCAUGUGACCUCAGUCCUUUGGUCAGUGUGAACACACAAUGAGUCCUGGUCCCAUUGUGGAUUAAAGAAAACCUAGUGACCAGGGCUGAUCAACUUUCUAUCUUGUUCCUAAAUCUGGAUCAUCUCCCCAAGUCUCCUCUGAUGCUUCCUUCUUUCAUUUUUUAGUCCUUCCUUCCUUCCUUGUGUUCCUGGUUCUGGUCCAGUUGUAGGUGGGGAUCCAUUAGACAUCAGCUGAUACAAUAUUCAGCUGACCACAUGGUGGCGCUGCUGCUUAUUUACACACAGACAGAGAUCAGACCUCCAGUCGUGUCUGUGGACACAUUAAUGGAGACACGUUUUAAUUCAAACACCAGUUGUGAAGACAGGAAGUUAAAAUGUGAAACCAGCAGUGAGUGAUAAAGAUGUUGUUAAAACCAGAGACACGUGUUUUUUAUUUCCAACAUUAAAUUCCGAACCUUUAAUAACACUUUUAUUUUUAAGCUGACUAACUCUUAUCUGUCAUUUAGUCCUGAGUUAACAUUGGGGAAGUCGGUUUCGGGUCUUUGUUAUUGACUUGUCUCUUGGAAAAUAUGAACCACCCACAUUCAUGAGUUCCUCUUUUGAAGAACAGUAGCUUCUUCUUUAAAGCUUUGCCUCAGACCGGCGGCUGCAGGCAGAGGACAUGCUGCUCUACAAGCUCGUCUUAGUCGUCGCUGGACGCUGCUGUUUGGCCUCAAAUGAUGUGAUAGAGCUGGUCGUGAAUCAGGGAUCAACAGCUACACUCCUCUGUCCUGAUGCGAAGGGAGAUGUCUCAUGGACUCGUUACGAUAAUGGCAAACCAGAGCUUCUGUUUCAAGACGGUGUCAGUAAAAGCAGCGACCGUCGCUACAGCUCCAACGCCAACAACGCCCUGGUGAUCUCUCAGGUCAAGGCCUCUGAUUCCAGGAUGUAUCUGUGUAACGGAAAACACCAGGUUUAUCUGACGGUCACCACAGAUCCCAACAUCGUGGAGGACGACAGCCCAGUUCCAGACUCUGAGUCAGACCACACAGAGAACCAACAACCCUCCGACUGGUGGAAAAUCCUUGUCGGCGUGGCGAUAGGUUCUGCUCUGGUCCUGUUGGCCGUCGUGACCCACAGACUCUGCUCAGCCAAGAAAGAAGCCGACGUGGAGGAGGCUGCGGUGGAGGUGGUUUACGAGGAGAUCGGAGAGAAGCUGGGUCAGGACGGAGACUGUGUUUACUCUCUAGCUCAGAAUCCUCUACAGACGGGAACCAACCAUUGAUCUGGUGGAGAAACCAUCACGGCCAUAGACUGUACAGAAACAUGGAAGACCUCCUUUAAAGUGAGCUCCCCCUGGUGGCUGGCUGCAGUACAGGUCAUAAGCUCCACCUUAGACAACCUAAAACAAUACAACUCGUUAAAUAGGAUGGUAGUUAAUAUAACGUUGGUGAAUGAUCUAGUGUCAACCUUUUGGUUCAGUUUCCUUUUAGUUAUUUGACGCUAUAGUAACAGGAUGUGACAUAAUGCCAAUCACCCGUUGCCAUGCCAACCGCUCCCGGUGCAGCGUAUAACCCAACAUUUCCGUGUAACUGGUGGAAGUAGAUCAGAGCAUAGUAUUAACUGAGCGUAUGAGUCUGGAGGAAGUGUGGGCGGGGCAUCUGAUACCGUGGCCAAUGAGAGGAAGCGGAGAUAUGUUUAUUUAUAAACAGUCUGUGAUUAAUAACCCAAAGAUAUGUUUGCGUUCAGAACAGUGAUUAGAUUCAUCUCCAGAUAUUUGUUAGAGUCUUCUGAUGUUUGUUUAUAUUUUAUAUGAAUUGAAUAUUUUAAGUAGUUUUUACAGACCUCGUCUUAUUUUGUAAUAACUCUGUUUAAUCAGUGUGAAUUUGAGGUUGUUUUAAAACGUGAAUGUAAGUUUAUUUGACGUUUAUGAUCUUUAAAAACCAUGUUAAUGUUAUUAUCAUGUCCAAACUAUUUAGAAUUAGUUUGUAAUUAUUCGCAUCCUUCCUUAUGUUCGUAUCUAAUCUUAUGUCUUUUGUCUCUUCUCCCACUUUGUCACUUUUCCAUUUUUCUCGCCAAUAAAAAAAAAGAUCUUUAAAA